UGCUCAGUAGCUGAUUGUGAGUACUAAUCUUUCAGUCGGAGAGAACGUAGCUUCGUGAAUUUUUCUCAGGAUUCUACCGGUUUUUUACACUUUUAUAGAAAAAAGUGUCAGUGAUCAUCAGGAAAUUUUAUAUUCCCGAUUCUUCUUCAAACAAGCCAAUUGUAGAGUUCACUACCGGCGGAAACACCCAUCGAAGACAACUUUAUUGACGAGUACGAACGUUCCAGCCCACAAACAAGGAGCUGCGCGGGCUACACAGCGAGCCAAGAGGAAGUGCGUUCGUAGAAGAUAGUUAAAUCGUCAGGCACCCGACAAGAUGCCUGCUCCGGCACCAACACAGGGUACGGUGGAGGGCGGCCCACCUCGCACCGAAUUGCAGGAAUUACAAUUAAAGGCCGAUCAAACUACAGAUGAGUCCUUGGAAAGUACGAGGCGUAUGCUGGCACUAUGCGAGGAGAGCCACGAGGUCGGGAUGAAAACCCUCGUAAUGCUGGACGAGCAAGGCGAGCAACUGGACAGAAUCGAGGAGGGUAUGGACCAAAUCAACGCCGACAUGCGCGAGGCCGAGAAAAAUCUCACUGGAAUGGAAAAGUGCUGCGGUCUCUGCGUUCUCCCAUGCAACAAAGGCGCCAGCUUCAAGGAAGAUGAAGGCACGUGGAAGGGAAACGAUGACGGCAAGGUAGUUAACAACCAGCCACAACGGGUGAUGGACGAUCGCAAUGGACUUGGUCCUCAAGGCGGCUAUAUCGCCAAGAUUACAAACGAUGCCCGUGAAGGAGAGAUGGAAGAGAAUAUGGGUCAGGUGAACACAAUGAUCGGUAAUUUGAGAAACAUGGCGAUCGACAUGGGCAGCGAACUGGAGAAUCAGAAUCGGCAAAUCGACAGGAUUAAUCGCAAGGGCGAGUCAAACGAAACGAGGAUAGCCGUGGCGAAUCAGCGUGCGCACGCUCUACUCAAGUAAAAUGCGUCACUCUGCCCACGUACCCGUCUCCUCCGAGCCCUAAAUAGUCAAACAAUAAAUGAAUAUAUAUAUAUACAUAUACGUAUAUAUAUACACAUAUAUAUAUAAUAUGUAUAUCAGCUCCAAAAUAUUGUACGCUCACACGCCCACGACCCUUUCUUCUGCCUUCUCGUCGUCGGUCGGACACCGCCAACCCGUCAACCCAACUCGAUCCACCUGUUUGUGCUACAACGAAAUCAUCGAGCCUUCCGGUUACAUCGAUUUAUAUAUUACGUGUGUCUUAUAUCUCGCGUACUUAGUGCAAUCUCCUAUUAUUAUACACGUCGUUUAGUUCUUACACCCCUUGUAACCGUCUUAUCUUUUUUACCGUUCUUCUUGUUGUGUCCAGCCUUUUUUUACUCUGGUUUCACCGAUAUGAUUAUACCGUACGUAGUAUAUUAUACAUAUACAUACGUAUAUAUCUAUAUACAUGCGCUUAUAUCAACGUCUAAUCUUUUUGGAAUCUUAUUUGUCGGAUGAAACCCUGCAGUAUCGUCGCCGCGCUCGUCGUUGUCGUGACGACUAUGCACGAGUUUUGUUUCUUUCUUAUCGCUGCUGUAUUCCUUUCGAUUCGAUCGAAUAUUCAAUCUGGUCCUUCUCGUGUUCGAUCAAAGAAUCCGCGGUAUCGUCUAGAUUACUGCAUCGAUUCUGCCAAUCGGGCAGAAUUUAAAUCAGAAUGGAAAUCGGGCGCAGCAGCGAUCGAGCUCAAGUACGAAGUAGUACGAGUCAACGAUGACGACGAACGACCAGGCGAGAGAAUAAAAAGCGCAGAAUAAUCGAAGUUAAACGAGGUCGACGAUUACAUGAUCUUGAUACACGCUUAAGUUUGAGUUACGAUCUUCCGUUUGUUUGUUUUUUUGGUACGCAGGGCGAAUCGAACGAGACGAGGAUAAAGGUGGCCAACGAGCGAGCCCAUCAGCUACUCAAGUAAGGCCACUCUCGACCACUUGCACCCCGUCGGCCACCAACAGCAACAAAUACUACCAUCACCACUAUCACAACCACAACUACACUAUUAUUGAUAACAACAACAACAAUAACACUAGCAACUACAACAAAAGACCAGGGCUAUCAGCUACAGAUACACACGAUCAGUUGUUACUCUCAGUUAAUCGUGUUCAUGUACUUGCAAUUUAUUUAUUACGAUUUACUUAUACCUCAAAUCGUCGUGAACCUUUAUUACAAACGAGUUGACAAAUAGACGAUCGAAAGAACGAAAUGCAACUUCUAUAUUACAUGUUCUUUUUUUCCGUCCUACGUUCGAAUCUUUUUCGUUCUUCGUUCUGUUCAAUUUAUAGUGUAUAUUUGUAGACAGUAAACGCGUGCGUUAUAGAAAACGCCCAAGAGAGAAUCGUUCUCAUCGGUUUUCGUACGUAUUUACUCGCAGUUAGUCUAUUUAUUGUUGUUCGUGCAACGCGUCGAAAGAGUUAUUGCGUUCUGGGAAAUAAAUUGUACCAUCUUUUACCCUGUUGUGCACUUUAUUUUCGGCGAACGUUAGAAGUAAAUUCUAUUUGAAUAUAUUACUUGUAUCUUUAUUGUCGUCGUUAGUAUAUCAUCCAAGUAGCUCCAUUCUCUAGCGAUUAUACCUUUUUUUUUUUUUAUUGUGAAUCUUUGAUUCCUCCUUUCGGUCCGUUUUACGUUCAACUAUCUUCGAAUGGUCCUUCAGCGAAUCUGCUCGGGCGUACUUACGAACAUCAUCUUUAACCCUUAAGAGAGCAAAUUUUCAUCCUUAAGACAUAGAAAUAUUUAGGAGGAAAGUAGAAGAGAAAAAAAAAGUUAGUUUAUUUACGAAUAAUGUUUACAUGUAACGAAGAUGUCGACGCAACGUCGUCAAGUCAAUUCAGUGAUCCGAUAGAGUUUUUUAAAAGACGAGCCAGAUGUUUACAAGGAAAAAGAUAAGAAAGGGAGAAAGUAGAGAGCAAAUGAUGAAAAAGAGGAUACAAAAGUGUAAAGAUUUUUUCGUCUUAAUUGCACGUUUAUCCAAGUUCUUCCUCUCGUGAUAUAGCGUUUACACUUUUAACGAUUUAUCUAAAAAGUUUCUAAAAUAAGAAGAGUUAUUAACAGAGAAAAUACAAAAAUAAGAAUACAGAAUACAACAAAUACUAGAGAUCCAUUAGUUAAAAAAAAAAUAAUAAUAACGAAUCGCGCGCCUGUUUAAGGGUUAAAGAUUACCCACAGUUAACGAAAAUAAAAGCAUAUAACACAGGAAACGACAAUGUCAGUUGGACGGGAGCGCACACACGCUGUAGUUCUCUGCAUCGUUACACACACACACACACACACACGCGCGCAAAAUCCAAACGACCCUGUAUACAUACAUACACAUAUAUAGGUACACAUACAUGUAGCUAUGUUCAGAUAUACAGAGAGAAAUCUGGAAUACAGCCACAUACAGCGAACAAUACAAAAGAGAAAAGGGAGAGUAGUAUAGAUCGCACAGCGUGUGGGAGUGCACAUGUGAACGAUACAUACGCACAGCGAGCCCUCUUUAGGUAAUACAUACCAUGUAAUUUGUUAUCACGAUUAGCGUUACGACCAAAAUAUCCGUGUACAGUAGAUCGAUACGUAGAUAGACAUCAGAGAUGCGUGUGUAUGUGUGUAUGUGUGUGUGUCAGAGCACACGCGCGUGUCGCGCGGUAAUUCCAAGCAGCAGUAGGUCGUAGCGAGCGUGCUAGCCGAGGAGCAGCCUCGAGAUAUACAUGUAUGAUGUACGAGAUUACCAUGUUUGAAAACGCGAAUGUAUAUCGAAUGGAUCGAGGGAGCUUACCCGUAAAUGGCAAAUAAUAUUAGGUUCCUCCCGAAAGCGGUCGUUACUCGCUUACCUUUUUCUCGAUACAUACGCUCUACGUCGAACAUCGUGCGAUCAACGAAAUAUCUCGCUUCCCGAGAGAACACGAGAAACCGGAGGGGAUCACGACAGACGGGGCGAGGUAAAAAGCGGAGGAGGACGUUUAGCGCGGCAGCAAGUUGAUGUUCACGAAGAAGAAAAGGGAGCGGAGAGAGUAUAGUGGUUCCUCCCUUUGUGUAGAGUAGGAGGAAGGGAGGAGAAAAAUAUAAGAGCAAAGUGAUGGGAAAGGUACAAAAGAGAAGGACAGGCGGAGAUAAAAAUGGAAGAAGAAUUUGAUAAACCAAUGCAACGAAGAGGAUGUCGUAGCGAAAAAAGUCUAGAAGAAAGAGAGAGGGAAACGGAAUGAGAAAGCGAGAGGGGAGAGAAGAAAGGAAGGAGGUGUUAAAUGUGUAGAUAGAAUUUUGUUCAUCGUUUUAUCUGUCGACUCACCAUAGAGCGUAGAUCGAUUCCGUUUCUUGCGGUCCCGCGCACGCUCAACGCGCCGGGUUUGUCACUGUAAGGUUUAACUCCAAGUGAAAGAAAUCACGAAUGCGAUAGAGAGAGCAAGAAGAAUACGACAAAAGAUUUAAACAAAGAUUGUACAUUAUUGUAUUUACACGAAGCGAAGUACCUCUACUUUGUACUAUAGCGAGCGAAAGAACGAAUGAACGAAUAAUCCAUUGUACGUCGUGUCACCACGGCGCUCUGGGAUUCUCCCGGUUACGUUUCUGUUUCGCGGUCUGCGAGUAUCUACAUUCCAGCAUUAUCUCUUAUUCAGAAUCCUUAUCUUAUUGAACCGUGAUAGUUGUUUACGCGCAAUAAGUUUGCGAUCGUUCUGACAAUGAGUCGAUAUUUUUUCUUUCGUUUCUCUUUGCUAGAGGACUGCAAAUUUGCAAAUACGUAGAAGUAGCGUACUACUAUAUAAUAAUUUGUAACUUGAAAUAGUGAUAGACAUGACGUGGUUACCGCGGAUUAGAUCCAACGCUGCAGACAAGGGAUGUUUCUCGAAGCAGCUGUCAGCCUUAACAGUAUUCGCAUCUUUACACUUACCUCUUUAGCUUUAAGAGAAUGCAUAGAGACAGAGAGCAGAGAUGCUGUCAGCGCUGACGUGAUCCCUCAAAUCAGUAGUAUCAAAAUUAGUCCGUAGAAAAGAGAGAACGAGCGAGAGAGAGAGAGAGAGAGAAGGUGAACAAACAAUAAGUAUGAGGAGAGUUUGUCGCGUAGAGAUUUUUUUAUGUAGACCACAUUUGGCAAAGAGAAAAAGAAAAUACGUGUACACCGCAUUUAGCAUAUCGUCGAUAAGCAUGAGAUGAUUUCGAUACACGUAUUAAUUAUUAUACAUUCACGUAAACUUUAUUUUGGAUUUAACGAAUUAAUCAUAUAUAUAUAUAUAUAUAACGAUAUUGUAUAAAUAUUGUAAAGGGUAUCGCCCUCGAGUCGCGCGUUGUAUUAAGAAUGGAGCACAAAAAGAAGGAAGGGGAUAUAUUACGAGUAGUUCCUUUCGAUUUCGCUUGUUUGUUUGCUUUUCUCAUUAACAUAGUAAUGCAGUUAUGAUCGGUAGCUUGCAAAACUUCUUGGACGCUUCGCCGGACGAACGUACUAAGAGGAAUAAAAGAGAGAAUGUUAAGGGAAAUUUGGUGAACGAAGGAACAGAGCAAAUGAAUGUAUGAGAGGGAGAGAGAGGAAGUAAUAUUAGAGAGCAAGUGCGUGAUAUUUGAUGAUGAUAAUGAUUAUGAUUGUUACUCGAGAUCGUUAGGCCUAUCGUAAUUAUUUACUUUGUCAGAGGAAAGAUAUACGAACGAUUAUAAAUAGGUAUAAAUAUAUAUAUAUAUAUAUAAAGAUUAUAUAUAUAUAUAUAUAUAUAUAAAUACGAUACAAACAUAUUACAUGCAUAUAUUUACGGAACGAGCGCGGUGAGCCCCCUUCUUAUGUAGACCUUUAAAAUAGAGAAAAAAAAAACGAAAAAAAGGGAGGAAAAAGAGAGCGAAAGAAUCUACUUUAUUUGCGAGCGGAUAAUGUUGUUAUAUUAUCAUAAAUAUUAUAUAUAUAUUAUACAAUACGGAAUCGAGCAAUAUUGUAUUGUUACUUCGUCGUUAACAUUUAUCACCGCCUAUUCGAAGAAUUAUAUUAUGUACCUAUUUUACAAAAUAAUCCCUCGUAUCUGAAACGAGUAACUCAUAUCGAACCUGUUAUAGGUCUAUGUGGUACGCGUAAUUUUAAAUAUUCACAGAAUUGUAUAGAACACGCAGAUUUAAGUAGAUAGACGCAUAGAUAGGUCAAAAUAGACGAAGUAGCCUGCGGAAAAGGGAAAUGGUUUACGGUGUGAAUGAGAGAUCGAGUGAACGAGAUAAAAUUAUAAACCGAUUAAUUGAACAGCAGUUUUCUUAUAAAAUGGAAAACUAUGGGAGCAGCAACCACAAAAGAAACAAAAAAAAAAAACGAAAAGACGGAGAGAGGCGAAAGCUCGCGAAAGAUCGUGUGCAACCGAUUUGAAGAUUCGCUGUUGAUGCAUUGUUCUAUUUGGUUGACGUAUUCGUAAUGUUUACGGUGGUUGCGUGCAAUUUUUCUCGAGUCGAUCUUCAAGAAAGGAGAAGUUUCGUGCGAAACUCGUCGUUCGAAAUUUAUCUUUCGACUGUCUCCUGACGAAGUUAUUGCGGUAUAGAGCGGUAUUGUAAAGCGAGACGAUGAGAACUGCGUGCACCGACGUCUAACGUUUGCAAUAACAAGAGUACGAUCGCGAUUAUUAACACAAAUUGGGACCACCGUGCAAAAGUGCAAGGUGCCGAGAUGAAAACGACUACGGCGCGACGAGUACCACAAAGCUCGACGCUGUUAAUUUCUUUUGUUUUUCGACUACGACGAACGUCGAACACCUCGUCGUUGCCGGCCGCUCUCCGAUUCUUCGAAGCGACGAUAAAAACGAGACGAGAAAUCGCGAAUAUUCAGUAGAGUAAACCACGAAGCCUGACAAAGAAGUUAGAACAAACGUAAAAAAGAAAAAAUACUGAAAAAUAAUGAAAAAAAAGAAAAAGAAAAAAACAUAAGGAUGAUGAAAGAUAGAGGGAAAGUACGCGAACAUUGUAAAGUAUUUGGUAAACAGACAAAUUGAUGAAAAAAUCAGCUUUUCUCUUUUUAGUACUGAUGUAUUGUCGCUAGAUGUAUUACAGAGACGUAAGAAGUAUUCUUCGGCAGUACUAUUAUAACAAAUGCCUAUGUAUUUUACUUCUCGGCAAAUAAACCAUCAAGUAUUGUA